CGCUCUUGGGGUCGGGUAUGGGAACGAGCGCGAAUGGCACAAAUGGAACCUGAUAAAAAGGGGCGCGUGCUUCAGAAGCGCGGCAGAGAAACGGGAGACCACACGGUUUACCACAACCACACCAGCGCGUGGGACAGCAGAUAAUCCCCUCGGUCGACAGUCUGCUGACGUGAAUUCUCGCCCAUCCUCUCAACACUGGCUCAAGGAGAAGAGGUUCAGCUGUGAAUACAUUUUAUUAUAGUGUCUGGGUGGGAAUAUGGUGAAAAAGGCUUCCAGCUAAAAAGUAAGUGGUGUGAAAGAUUUAUUCAUUGGUUUUCAAGCAGAACAUGUUAUUUUUCCAUGUGCUAUGGAGCUAUUGGUUGAAAUAAACAACACUAAGUCUACAGCACAUUAGGUUAGUCAGUAUUAAAGAUGAUCCUUUCUAGCAUUUGUAACAUUUGUACCGCAAUCCACAAAGAAAUAGUUUUUGAUGUCCGCCACUCGUGUGUCCCACGGAACAGAUACUUAGAUUUAGGGGUACCAAAUGUAUAACUGUCACAUACCACCCCCGGUAGGUUUGGUUCUCCAGAAGACCAUCAAUAGAUGUAUAACAAUAAACACAAGAGUACUCAUUCUAUGUUAGCAUACGUUUUAUUUAUGUGUUAUUUACACUGGCCAUGACCUCUCUCGUGGUAUAAAUGUAGGGUGAAAGUUGUACAGUGGGGGGGGGGGUCCAGGAUUAAUAUUAUAGGGGCACUGCCCACCCACCCUUUACCCAUUACUCUCACAGAGACCCCUCAGGUUUUUUCACGCUUCAAAUCUAUUUGUGUCAGGUUUAGUCGAGUACUCUGCAUAGACAGCUGUUUAAAUCACUCUUGAAUAUCCCGCUGUAUACGUCUAUUGAACUUAUUAACAGCAUCUACAGGGAUUGAUCAAGGCUCCCAGUCUGUCUGUGAGCUUGUCUGUGAGCUUCAGGCAGAUUCCACUAAUUCGCUUCGGUGGGCGAAUCUCACGUCACGGCUUUCGUCUCGCUUCCAACGGGAGCUUCUCAGAAAGAUCAGGUGUAGUGGUGCAACAGGGGAAAAUGACUGUGGGGCGACAUUACUUUCUGAUUCGUUGAUUGAGUGUUUCGAUGGCAUUUACUGGAAGGAACGCCAGGCUGCAGCACAUGAAAAAAUGAACUUGCUUGACGUCAUUAUGUAUGACUUUCCAAACAGAUUUAUUCAAUUUGUUUGUUACGACCCACUUUAACCCGGCAUAUAUGUAUGAAUGUGAUUGGGAGCAUGCCCUUGCAGCCCUGAUAUAGAUAUUAAUACAGAUUUACUGAUUGAUUCACUUCAACCUCAGAGUGUCUCAAAGGAGCACAGGUCAAAGCAGCACACUGAUUCAUUUCUGUCUCGGCUGUCAUCUGAGGGAUUUACAGCCAUGUUGACAUGGAGGGUGCCAACUGGUGACACUCACCAAAGGCCCCCUCUGUGCCCCGAAUCCUGCCAACUCUGCCAAGCCUUCUGUUACCUCCUUACUCUCCAAGUCAUUUGUUAUAAUUCACCCCAAAAGCUUUAAUCAUUGUAGCUGGCAAUGGCAAGGUUUGUGAAUGGAUAACUGAUGAAGUGCUGACACAGACAGUACUUCAAUCACGAUACCUCCAAUGGAAGUUGAACUGGGCGAUUUGAGUACGUUGGGGUAAUUAGUUUAUGUGUGUGUGGGUGUUUAACGCCGUCAUAAUUAUUGGGCUGUUCAAACUCCAAUCAAGUGAUUCAUCCAGAGUCACAGUUGCCAUGUGUCCUGGCCCACCAAUUAUUUCUCAUUUCUUUCUUUUAUCUUUUAAAUGGUUUGAUAGGUCUCUGACAUAGCGCAUAGUUGAACAGCACUACAUGUAAGUAAACCAAUUCGUGUUUAGCAAUCAAUUUGUUGCCUUUGUUACAUGUUUUUGCCGGUUUCUUACAUUUGUCUUUCCGUUUUAAGUAAAACGCUUCUGUGUGUAUUUGGGCACAGCAGUCACCGACCUCUCGUUGCUGGGGUAACCUGAAGGCUUAUUUCAUCCAUCUUAUUUUCCUUUUACUGGUCAUUAACCAGUAGUAGGCUGGGUAGUGUAGUAGCCUUAGGUCCUAGCUGGGUUAGCCUAGCUCCCAUCUCGGCUCUCCUCCCCGGGGCAGUUGACUUCGCUUUCGGUGGUGUUUGGUCUGGCAGGUAUUGCUCGGUGGUCCACGGUGGGCGGUGAUCGUCUCAAGGUCUGCUGCACUUUAUCCAAUCCCCGCACUUCCUUUUCUGAUGUUGAUUAAUGUACAGUAUUCUGUCAUUUGACACAAGUGCUACAGCAAUUAAACACGAAAACACAACAAAUCAAAUUCAUGGGAGCUCCUGGCCGCAGCAUGUACACGCACCAGCGUUGCCAUAUUUAUAUUUGUUUGCUACAUCCUAAACCAAUAAAGACAGUUUGUACUGUGUUUGAAAGAGCAACUUUCUCAUGACUCGAUUAGGGAUGAUAUUUGCCUCGGCAAUAUGACAAACAAAUGGUCUUCUGACAAGUAGCCCGAUUGAAACGGACUCAGAGUCUCUCUCUCUCUGUCUCUCUCUGUAUGUGUGUGUGUGUGUGUGUGUGUGCGUGUGUGUGUGUGUGCGUGUGUGCGUGUGUGUGUCUGUGCAAUGGGUUCCCUGCAUGUGGCCUCCACGCUGACAUCAUCUCUCAGCUGCCACAAAUGUGUGUUGUUUCGCUUCCUCCUCAACAAACUCCUCCCAGCGUUCACCCGUCUCAAAAGUUCCUUUCUACUGGAGUCUGCUUCACUGCACUGAAUGCAAACACAAAAAGCAAAGUUUCCAUUGUGGCUGUUGGGAUUCUUUUAGCGACAAGUUAUUCAAGUUGACAAGUGUUUGACAUUUUCAUAGAGCUAAUAUGGCUUUGGGGUGAGUGUUAGAAACAAUGGACAACUGUUGAAUGAUGUUUGAUAGGUUUCUACUUAGAUUACAUGAUAGAAGCAAUUAUGUUGACUUUAUUGAGCUAGUUAUUCUUGUCGAUCAAUGGAGGAGCUCUGGCGAUGUAAACUUUGUCUGUCCCUCUCUCUGUCAUAGAUGUAGACAUAAUACUUUUAAUAAGCUAGAAUGUAUAAAUUAAUUUAUGGUUGUUAUUAUUGCAAUUCUGACACCUGCAAGAAGUGCAUCAGCUGCUUUGUGUGUCGGACAUGCCCACACAAACGGUGUGGGAACGAGGGAUAAGAUUAGAAAAGAGUUUUUGCCUUAAAACAUUUAAUAUUUAUGUGGUGUAUGAAUUACAUUAAAAUGGAUUUGUCAAAAUUUUGAUCUAAUCUGCAGAUGGGACCAAAGAGACCUGACCUGACUAGCAAACGGCACCCAGUGAAUACAGCUGGCGUGUUGUAGCUGUUCAUGGGAGUCUGCUAGCAACCUCAGCGUUUCCCCAACCAUUAUAUUAGGGGGGCGCCCCGCAUCCCUUUGAAGAUCAAUUUAAUUUAAUUUUAUUUUCUAUAUAGCGCCAGAUCACAACAGAAGUCAUUUAAGGUUACCUUUCCUGUAGAACAGGUCUACACCGUGUUCUGUUAUUAAACAAACUAAAUAGCCUUAUGCUAUUUAUCUUAUUUACACGACGGCAUGUCAUUUCUCUCUCUACAUGGUCGCGCGUUGACAAUUCUCCUCUCUGCUCUCUGUAUCGUGCACAGCGGAGUUCCGCCCAGAUGCAUGCAUGCACACACACGCACACACACACGCACACACACAGACACGUGUGUUUUUUAAACGCUCCCAUGUGGUGAAGAUGGCAAGUGUUGCCUGCUGUCAUUAAAAGACACACAUGAACACCAUGAUCUCCCCCCCCCCCUGUAAACCCAGGGGAAACACUGAACCAGCAACUCAGUUUAUAAAUAUUGUUUGUUUCUAUAUCGGAUCAAUUAUUCAUGUAGAUAUUUCAGAAAUUAGCAAAAUACAGUGUCAAUAAGUCUGUCCAUAUCUGUGGGUCAUAUAUUUUGUUUUAAAUCAAAUUCACCUGGUUAUGUCUAGCUAUGUUUGUAAUACAUUUUCAGCCACAUAAAUAGUCAGUAAGUGAUCCAGUGUGUAGGUGUGAUUUGCAUUAUGAGCAAUAAUACAUUUGAUUUUAAUAUUCGUUUUCUGUUGUCAACAUGCAUCAUGCCAUCUGUGCUGUUAUAAUGUAAAUACUUUGACCGUUUAAUCAAAAGACGACUGUGAGUUUGAAGACUUUGUGCUUCUGGCAGUUCAAUCUGUAACUGGGGGCCAAAAGAGACGAGGUCUACCUUAUUCUUCUUUUUCUUCUAUUUGCUUUGACGGUGAUUUUUUUUUUUUUAAGAUUAGGAAUCGAAUAUAAACAGGAAGAUGCUUAAAUGCUUUCAAAAUGCAACAUGAUAUCAGUAAAAUGAGUGAGAUGCAAUAUGAUGGAACACUGAGGUCUGGUCUUUGAACUAAAUAUAAAGUGUAAUGUGAGCUGUAUCUCAGUUCAGUGAGCUGUGUUUCAGUCCUUUCAGUGAGAACCACAGCAUUCUGUUGUUCAAGGUCAGAAGGAGAAUCUGUUUGAUCUUAGAUGCAUUUUCGUGGCGAUAAAACAAGAUUGCAUAACCUCUUUUUAUUUGGUCACAAAAGUUCAGCUCGGUGUCUAAACCUAAGGCUUCGUGGAGAUAUCUGGAUGCUGAGCAUCAGUGCCAGAAAAGCAAUUUUUAUAUUGGUUUAGACACAUGAUGCUGUCACUGGACAUCGGUGUUCAAAUUACACUUCCCGAUGUGUGAAUAGAGUGCUGCAGGGAUGAUGUUUGUUGGCCAACCUGGAAGUUAGCAUCGUACUGGUUCCCUCAACAAAAAUCCAAUGGGACAUUGUAAUUGGAUUAUUACAUGUGUUGUUUGGGAACUGAAAAGUGCAUAAAUGCUGAUUUAUGUACAGUUUUGUGGACUCAUUUCUGCACCACUCUAUUAAGCGGGUGUUGGUGAUGUUUUGAUUGAAUGGAUGUGGGCAGGCCCAACAGACAAACAGCGUCGGCUGCAGUUUUCAACAGCUGUCUUGUCUUGUGACCAGUACUGCUUACUUCUCCAUUUUGCACUCACAAUUUGACAAGUGAAUAUUUUGAAGGGUUAUACAGAAUACAUCGAAACUGGGCGUACUGGUGAAGCUGCCCGAAGCAGGAAAGAGCUGUGUUUUUUGGAGAACGGAUCAGAGACAGGAGGAGAGAGAGAGGAUCUGGCUGAACAUCCCUCAGGAUGAAGAAAAGCAGGAGUGCCCAGGGGGAUGUACCAGGCGAUGAGCCGUCUGUGGGACAAUUUGCCAGCGGCAGCACACUCGGGGUGGAAUCGUGCAAAGUCCACAGGCGGUUUUCUGGCAACCUGCAGCUGCCUCCUUUGUCAUGGCGACAGGUGGAAACGGAGAGGGACCGGGUCAGGUCGCUCACACCUGAAGAAGAUCCGGUGACCCGGACCAGACCCACGAGUCUGCCCAUCUCCUCUCUGCCGCGCAUCGACAUCACACAGGCGGACCCUGACAGCUUUGAAGGGGAAAAUGGUCCCUCGUUGUGCUGCAGUCCCUCAGACCUGCAGGCCUCCCCGGUUUCAGGUCUGGCGCUGCAUCCCAACGUGGCGGGCCACGGUCAGCGCCGGGAGUCCUUCCUGUACCGGUCCGACAGCGACUACGAACUGUCGCCGAAGUCCUUGUCUCGGAACUCUUCCAUUUUUGGAGACCUGCAUGGAGAGGACAUGAUUGUGACUCCAUUUGCUCAGGUUCUGGCAAGCCUUCGGACUGUCAGGAACAAUUUCACCACCUUAACAAAUGUCCAGUGUGCAUCCAAUAAGAGGUCUCCUGCUGCGAAUCAGCCUUCUCUCACCAAAGUCUGUCUGUCAGAUGAGUCUUACCAGAAGCUGUCUAUGGAGACCAUGGAGGAGCUGGACUGGUGUCUGGACCAGUUGGAGACCAUCCAGACCUACCGCUCUGUCAGCGACAUGGCCUCUAACAAGUUCAAGAGGAUGCUGAACCGGGAGCUAAGCCACCUGUCUGAGAUGAGUCGCUCAGGCAACCAAGUUUCAGAGUACAUCUCCAACACCUUCCUAGACAAGCAUAAUGAGUUGGAACUUCCGUGUCCAGUUCCUAAGUCGAGGGAAAGGAAGAGGAGACAGGGCCAAAAGCAGCAGCAACAGCAGCAGCAGCAACCGGGUGGGAUGAUGACUCAGAUCAGUGGGGUGAGGAAGGUCAGCAACACACCCAGCAUCCCUGGAACCACCAGCAAUCGCUUUGGGGUCAAGACGGACCAGGAGGAACUCCUGUCGAAGGACCUGGAGGACAUAAACAAAUGGGGCCUAAAUAUCUUCAAAGUGACCGAGCACUCCCACAACCGACCGCUCACAUGCAUCAUGUACUCCAUCUUUCAGGAGCGAGACCUGAUGAGGACGUUCAAGAUUCCAACUGACACCUUUGUGACGUUCAUGCUGACCUUGGAGGACCACUAUCACUCCGACAUGGCUUACCACAACAGCCUGCACGCCGCUGACGUAGCCCAGUCCACACACAUCCUCCUGUCAACUCCUGCACUGGAUGCGGUCUUCACAGAUCUGGAGAUCUUGGCAGCCAUUUUUGCUGCAGCCAUUCACGACGUGGACCACCCAGGAGUGUCAAACCAGUUCCUCAUCAACACCAACUCCGAGCUGGCUCUGAUGUACAACGAUGAGUCGGUGCUGGAGAACCACCACCUGGCUGUGGGUUUCAAACUGCUGCAGGAGGACAACUGCGACAUCUUCCAGAACCUCACCAAGAAACAGAGGCAGACGCUCCGGAGGAUGGUCAUCGACAUGGUGCUGGCAACUGACAUGUCUAAACACAUGAGCCUGCUAGCUAAUCUGAAGACGAUGGUGGAAACCAAGAAAGUGACGAGCUCUGGAGUUCUGCUGUUGGACAACUACACCGACAGGAUGCAGGUUUUGCGUAACAUGGUUCACUGUGCGGACCUGAGCAACCCGACUAAGCCUCUGGAUCUGUACCGGCAGUGGACAGACAGGAUCAUGAAUGAGUUUUUCCACCAGGGAGACAGGGAGAGAGAACGGGGAAUGGAGAUCAGUCCAAUGUGCGACAAACACACAGCUUCGGUGGAGAGAACACAGGUUGGUUUCAUCGAUUAUAUUGUCCACCCUCUGUGGGAGACGUGGGCCGACCUGGUCCACCCCGACGCCCAGGACAUCCUGGACACACUGGAGGACAACAGGAACUGGUACCAGCGCAUGAUCCCCCAGAGUCCCUCCCCUCCGUUCGACUCCAGUGACGGGGAGGGCGGCUCGCUUGAGGAGGAGGUGGAGGGGGGACCUGUGGCGAGUAAAUUUCAGUUUGAGCUGACGCUGGAUGACCAGGGUGGAGACGGGGAGAGCUCCAUGAUGGAGAUGACUGUCAGUGUGAUACCCCAACAACAUGCCUCCGAUCAGGACGGGGUUGAAAUGACGACGUGUGACGUCUCACCUGCGGAAACAUAGCUGAACUGAUGGUGUUCUCAGAGCGCAGCAUGUUUUGCUGUUUUGGCUGAAAUCAUUUAAUUGCAGUAGAGCAAUCCUGCAAUAUCGCUCUUUGGAGCUGCCUGGCAAAGAGAGCCUGACUGAAUGUUGGGCACCCGUGCAAACGAGGCUUGGAAACCCCUUUGGCAGUUUGUUUUGAGCCCCCGAGAAGGGAGCCGGAAGAGGUGUGUUCUUUAAAGAAGGGACCACCGUCAGACUGCAGAGGCAGGGCUGAAUCUCACAGACAAAGAAGGAGGACAAUAUGUGUCCGUGUACUGGGACGAGUACAAAUUCCAAACUUGCACUUCAGGACGUUUUUUUAUGUUCAUUUUAAUUAUUUGUAUUGUGUCGGGAUGGGAUGCCACCUGGUAAGAUGUCCAACCAAAAACUACUCGUCAGCAAGUUAUUUGUACCCAAGUAGUUUUUUUCUAAAGUUUUGUGCCUUUUUUUUUUUUUUUUUUAACAACUGUUUCUUUUUGUAAGUGUUUUUAUAAUUUAUUGAACUUGUUCAUGUAGCUGUAAAAUGUGUCAACUUUUCUACAAUAAGGACGCGUUUCUCUCACACAGUCUUCCUCGUGUUCUGGCAAUAGUAUAAACUUGUUCAGUGGAUGUAUUUCUAAAAUCAGACGACUUCCCAGCACAAUUUGCACUUUGUGCCAUCUGACAAAGAGACAUUAAAGUAAACAUGUAAAACAUGUUUGGUUUUUUUUCUCCAAUAAUUCAUUUCAUAAGCAAUUUAAUUCUUUGAAAAGGUAAAAAAAACAAAAACAUUUUGUAUUUUUGAGUCCAAAAACAUCUCAAGAGAAACAAAACUCCAAAGAUCCUGUAAAGAAAGCACUUUGAUGAUUUCAUUGCUUGAAGAGUCAGUAGUGAAACAAAUCAUCCUGCUACAUGUCAGGGAUCAGUUUCACUUCUGGUCAGAAGUUUGAAGAGUUCAGGCAAAUGAAAGCCGAUUAUUUAGUGAAUUUCACCAUAAAUAUCUCACAUAAAGGUUAGAAAUCUGUUUCCGCCUUGUAAUCCCCGGUUUCGUCAGCUCACACACACCUGUUGUGUUAACAGCAUUCUUAUGAAUAGGCUUCACGCCGUGACUCAUUUUGAGUUCUGAGUGACUGUAGACUGUGCACAUUUUAAAAAGACACCUAUUGGUAAUAUAAUAAUUGUAUCUUGUAGUUUUUAUUCCAGCACUUUGAAUAUGUCGACAGUUUGCAGCUGGUUGCUGAUCUGUCCAACACUACCUUAAAGGUACCACAAUGUAAGGUGCAACCUUCACAAUAAAGGGUGGGGGGGGUGCCAAUAUCGUGUCAUGACAUGAUACCUCCGGUGUGUGUGUGUGUGUGUGUGUGUGUGCGCGUGUGUGUGUGUGUGUGUGUGUAAACAGAGUUGCACAAUCUUGUUGCACCCAGCGUUGUGCCGACCCUUCAGCUGUUUGUAACACUAUUUAUUAUCUUUCUCCUUGUAUAUGAUGAUAUUGAUUGUUAAUAUUUCCUGUAUAUUUGUUAUUAUUUAUAUGCACUACCAAGUAUCAAAUCACAGUUUGAGUGAACUUGUCUGGUGGUUCUGUUUUAUUGUAUUCAGCGAGCCGUUUUGCUAUACGACCGUGACAUGAAGUUAUGCAGCUCAAUUUUGAUCAUUUGAGAUGUUUUAUUUUGAAAUUCUAGCCAGAGAAUUGUGAACAGUCUGAAGCAACCGCAGCUGGUGUGGUGCAGAAGAAGUCUGGCGUUUUGUUUUUUUCUUUUGUUCCUGGUGGAUGAUGAAGGCUGGAUAUUUACUGCAGUAUUUUGUGUAUGGUGACUGGUCAUUGUACAGCUAUAUUUGCUGGAAUAUAUUACAUUGUUUCAAAUAUAUUUUUUCAGUGUUUUUCCUCACAUUAUAUGGUAAAAUUGUGUAUGUUGUGCUCAACAAAUGUUUUCUAUCAGAUUAAUAAAAUGGGCAUGUAUUACAGAA